GCCGGGCGUCAACACAGAAACAUAUUAUUUUAGUGCAUAAAAAUGUGCAGUUUUAUUUAUAUAACAACACAAAAGCAAUGUUUUAGCUAUCUCUCAAUUUCGAUAUCGUUAAUCUUCCACAAUUACUCGGUUAUUUUUUUAAAAUUAUCAUUAUUAAAAGGGUUCUAGAAGAAAAUGGCCCUUUUUCAUUUGAACUAAAGAACUUUGCCCACUAUAAAAAACAUGUAAAUUAGUUAUAGAGAUAAUAUUAAAUUAGAUAUCAAUAUUUCUUGAAGAUAUACAACGAUAUUGAAAUUUCCGAUAUCGCUUUGAACUAGCCUUCACCUGCAGUUCCAUCGGAACUUAUUAGAGGAUUUGCAAAAAAUUGCUGAAGAAAAUAUUUUCAAUAUAAAGUGCACUUGAAAACUAAUAAUCUUAUUUCGUUUUUUUAUCGAAAAAUCAAUACGUAUUUAUUCUAGCAAGCGCCAAAUCUCUCAUUUCGGUAACAAUUCUUUUUUUAUUCAUUUUAAAAUCAAUUAAGAUCCAGAAGUUGAAUGUUUAAUUUCAUAAAAGUAUUUCGUAGAUAUAAAAAGUUCAAGCCCAUCUAAUUUGAUUAACCCUUUCAAGACUAUUCUUGCGAAAAUGCGACAUUUUGUUUUGAUGUAGAAAGAACUUUAUGGGAAAAAAGGUGAAACAUUUCUGCUUAAACAAAUCAGAUGUUUUCCAAUGUUGACUAUUACUUCAAUUUCAAAUAUCACAAUGGCUUAAUUUCAUAUCAAAAUAUACAUACAUUACUUGAUCUAUUUAAUGAAAACACUUCUAUGCUGACUCUAAUUGCUGUAAAACAAAUUUUUUUAUAAGCAGCAAAUGUUAAAUGACCAAACUUUUCGCAUACAUUUAAAAAUCUCGAUGGAGGCGUUUAGAAAUUAUGGUAUUUUUUCCUAUGAAAAGUUUGGGUAGUAAAAUUUUGCAAGUUUUACUAUUUAAUUCGCUGCCAAUUUAUUAAAACUCUUCCAGAUAGUGGAGCAGUUGGCAAUCCUGUAUAUAAGAUUGGUGAAACCGGGAAGCAAUCCACCAGAAUGUGCAGACAGCCGUGAGGGAGAAUACGUUGCCCAUUCGAUUCAAUGCUAUUCACCUUGUCAAUGAAUCACCUGCACUUAGAUAUUUAUUCAACAUCUUGAAGAUCUUCCUAUCUGAAAAAAUAAGGAAUAGGAUCCACUUCCAUGGGAGCGAUAUGAAACAAAGUACAUACCUAAGGAAUCCUGAAUACGGUGGCGAUAACUAUUGACUUUGUUAAAAAAGGAGAUUAGCUUUAGAAAAAAUUCAGUGACAUGCUUCAGAAUUUUUGAUAUAAUGUGGGAAAUAAAAAAAUCUCGCUGUUAAUGGUAUGGAAACAUAACUCUUCUGCGACGUUUCUGAGGGAAGAUGUUGUCCAUACGUACCUGCAGACUAUCGUCAUAAAAUAUUUAAAACUCCUCAUGAAUUAUCCCACCCUGGUGUAACAGCUAUUGUCAAGUUGACUGGAGAACGUUACGUGUGACCUAACUACAAGAGGGGAGUAGCUGAAUGGUCUCGAUGCUGAGAAGCAUGUCAAAAAAGAUAGGCAGACAAGAGAUAGACAAAAUAAAAUGUUUCUUUUCUGAAAAGAAUGAACCUCUUCUCUUCACGCGGCGACUAAACCAAGAAUCACGACAGUUCUUAGAGCAAACAGGAGAGGGGGUCUGGAAAUGCUUUGAUUGGAUAACAGCGAACCGGAGAACGAGUCACAUGAUGGGGUUGCUGGUUUCUGAAAGUAACGAUUAUCAACUAUGGAAAGGAGCUAUGACAAUAGGAUGGCAGCUAAUGGUUUCUUGCCUUACAAGAUGGGUUACCUGACUGAUUGGAUGACAAAAAAACCAGAGGAAGAACUAAAUGAAACUGAAGAAAAUAGAGCUCAGGCUCUCGCAGAACUCAGGAAAUUGAUAGCAAAAGAAAGAAACCUGGCUAUUUGGACUGAUGACUCUCACUUGUUGCAGUUCCUACGAGCAAGAAAAUUUGAUCCCGAAAGAGCUAUGGAACUCGUUCGCAAUUUAUAUGCAAUGUUUAAGGAUAAUCCUGAUAUAUAUCCUAUGCUCCUUGACACAAGUAUAGCAAAUACUGUUUGUGGGACAAAUGUUGGAGGUGCUUUUCCCUAUAGACAUAAGGAUGGGGGUGUCGUCAUUUUCAUGAGAGCUGCCAAUUGGGAUCCUGAUCAAAUUCCAAUCCAGCUAGCUGUCUUAUCUUUGACAGCUCUGUUGCUAUCUCUUUUAGAAGAUCCAGCUACUCAAGUUUGCGGAGUUCACGUUGUAUAUGGUGGUGAAUAUAAGCUGAGUCAUCUACGUGUGAUCAGUGUGAGAUACAUAAGGUUGAUCUCAAGAAUAAUUAGAAAUACUAUGCCCAUUCGAUUCAAUGCUAUUCAUAUAGUCAAUGAAUCACCUAUCUUAAGAUAUGUUUUCAACAUUUUCAAGAUCUUCUUGUCUGAAAAAAUAAUGACUAGGAUCCACUUCCAUGGGAACAAUAUGAACCAAUUACAUGAAUACAUACCUAAAGAAAUUCUACCUCCUGAAUAUGGUGGCAAUAAUAUAAAUUACUCUGCAAGUGAGUCAUCCUGCAAGAACGAUUUGUCGCAGAUUGUUCUAAUAUUGACAGUGACCUUCCUCGUGCUGAAACUAUCAGUAUGGCAAAUUUCAUCGCUUUCUGUUGGGUGGUUUAGGAGUCUAUAAAGGA